AUGGACACAAAUAGCAAUGAUUUCAAUGAUCUGAAGGCCUGUUUGAUGUCACCACUCGAUGAACGCCUCAACGGAUCCAAAGAGAUAACGGAUAUGAUAUGCGAGAUGUCAUCCAUACUGAAGACAGACUUAGAUCCCGAAAGUCUCGUCAUUUGCUUCAAACUCUUGGAGAGUGGCGUCAAUCCGGAAGCGUUGGCCAAAGUUGUCCACAAUUUACGCAAACAAUCGCAAACACCUUAA